CUCUCCUGGGUGCUUCUGACUAACUUUGCGUCUAUAAAUGAUUAAUCCACCGAGGGCCUGUCUGUAGGGUUUGUGGCUCCGUUACCCCCAGCAGACUUUCAGUUAUUUUGGACACACUCAUCUCUCCACACUCUCCUCACCAGCGAUGUGUUGAUUUUCCCCCUCUCUGAGCAAUCAAACUCUUGUGACGGAUGACUUAUUGAUCCGUGGACGUGGACAUUCCUUCCUUGUUUGGAGACGAGAAGCUUUGUUUGAGGACAUCAGGUUUGCCUGAAAGGCAAGAGGAAGGGAUGGCAACAAAGGCCCUGGAUGUUUAGACUCAGAGCAUGGUGACGAUCUCAGACUGGCUUCAACACUUGUAGGUGCUGCAUCUUUGGACUGGAUGUAAAAUUCAACGGGCAAAGACGGAGCAGUGUUUGGUGAUUGGAAGAAUUUAAAGAGGGUUCAAACAGUGAGGCUCCAGUUAUCAGUAUGGAUGUCUUAAGAAACAGAAAAAAUCCAUGGGUGCUCUAUGAGACAGAAGUGCCAUACAGCAGGUUUUGUGAUCCAGCUUGUGGAGUAAGUCCUGCAGAAAAAUUGAGCCCUGAGCACCUGCAGCACCUAAGAAAUGCAUUUACCCAUCCAAAAGCUGGAGCACAGACACACGAAAACAGGCCUAAAGGAAGGAGUAGAAGGAACAGAGGAGGAAAUGAAGAGCAUGGAAUGAAAUUUGAAGAGUUCCGGGAUGUUUUGAGGUCUGUGGUCGGUCCAGAUGUUGAGGACACAUGGGUUGAAAGGUUCUUCAGUGAGGUAGAUAUUCGCUGUACCGGGGAGGUGAAUUGGCAGCAGCUUUGUUCCUACCUGCUUUUGGAGUACACUCAGAGAGAAAGAGCCUCCAUCCCCAGAGCUGCUCUCCUGGACUCCCAGCCACUGAUGAGACACUGCUCUUAUAACAAGCGGGAGCCAACAGUGCGUGUGGUUGCUGUUUCCCACCCUCCUCCACUCCGCUAUGUCAGUGUCAGUAAGGGAGGCCAGAUCACUGUCUGGAGCAGCAGCCUACACAUCUUCAAAACCCUAGGGCUUGCUGGAGAUCCAACAGAGGAAGUGGCCAACACCAGGAGAUUCAGAGGCUGGACCACUGAUGCUGUCUCUAUGGGCAAUGUCCACAAGGUUGCCAUAGCAACCGACUGCAGGGACUUGCAUUUUGUCAAUGUCUCCAUGGGCAGUUUGUUUGAAGAUGUCCACUUGUUUGGGUUUCGUAGUGUCCCGACUGCUCUUUUUUACUGGUAUGAUGUUCAGUGUCCAAAGCAACCUUCACUGCUGCUACUGGGGGAUGAAAGAGGAGGUGUACAUCUCAUGUGGUUCCUGAACCCAUCUAAAGGUCUUUUCAAAAAUCCAUCCAAGGCAGAGAAGGGCCCGCAGAGGAUCUUUUUUCCAGACCUCGGUAAACACAGCGACAUGGUCUCCUACCGUCACAUCCCCAACAUCCACCAGGAGCCAAUCAACAGAGUGAUGUUUGAGCCUGACACCAAUGUAGUCAUGACAUCAUCAGAAAGUGACACCACCUCUGUGGUCUUUAUGAAUGUGUCACUGAAGCAGGAGCCUUAUAUUUGGAAACUUAAGCAGGGAGCUAAAUGUUUUGACUACAAUGCGUCUCUGCAGUUGCUAGUCACAGGAAGUUGUGACCGAACAGUCAGACUAUGGACUCGAUUUGUGACCACACGUCCCGUAGCUACGCUGCUGGGUCACCGCACCACUGUGUUGGAUGUUGCUAUCUACCAACCUGUUGGGCAGAUCUUCAGCUACUCCAGAGAUGCUGAGCUGAGGGUUUGGGACAUUUCCAGUCAUCACUGUUUGAAAGCCGUCUCCCUGCAGUUCCCCUGCCAGCAGCCAGGUCGAAUCCCAGAACACGGCAACUUCCCCUUCCUGUUGCUGAGCCCUCCUCUUCCUGAGCAUACACAGUCUCAUCUGGUGGUGGGAUGCAAAGAUUACCUGGCCCUGCUCAACCUGGCUGAGACAAGAAGAGGAGGGGGCGGAUGGCUGACAGAUGAAGAGAGGGAACCAAAAAUUCAAAGUGGUCCUGCCCUCUCCUGCGCUUUGUACAACCCCGCUCUGAGACAGGUAGUGACUGGACAUGUCGAUUCAUCUAUGUCUCUGUGGGAUGUGGAGACAGGAAGGAGGCGACUUCAGAUCUUAAACGCUCAUGGAGAGGAUGCCGUCACCUGCAUGGCACUAGACUCCUCCCACAAAAGACUGAUUACUGGGGCUCGCAAUGGCACUGUUAAGGUGUGGAACUUACUAAAUGGCCUUAAUUUGCACAAACUGGAGCCUGUCACCAAUUCUGAGGUCACCGGGUUGACCUGUCUCCAUGACAACAAGCUGCUGGCUGUGGGGUGGAGCCAGCGAAUCGCUCAGUAUGACAUUGCAACUGCCAAGGAUUUGUAUGUAAGAGCUGGCAUGUCAUGGAAGUCCAGCGGUGUCCACAAAUCAGACAUCUUGGCCGUGUGUCAGUGCUCUGCUCUGGGCGUUGUUGCCACGGCGAGCCAUGAUGGAGAGGUCAUUAUCUGGAGGCUUGAGACACAAGGACCAGCGCUUCACUUACAGAGACGGACACAGAAUGGAACCUUGCCCCCUGUGGACAGCCUCUUGUUCCUUCAGCAUCGGGCCAGCAACAGGAAGUUGAGGAACAGAGGUGUCCUGGUGUCAUCGCAGGCUGGCUGUGUCUGCUUUUGGAGCAUCACUGGACAGACACACACUUAUGGCCAGUUCUAUGCUCCACAGCAGCCAGGUGAGCGUGUGCUGUGCCUGAGCUCAGAUCAGACUACAAAUACCAUCCUGGUCUCCGGAGACACAGCGGGCUGGCUUCAGAUCUGGGACAUCUAUCACUAUGCACUGGACAUCCAACGCGAGCCAGCUUAUGAUCGUCCUCCUCUGCUGCAGUGUUGGAAGGCUCAUGAGAGAGCAUUAGUAAGUGUGGAAGUCCUUGAGGUGGCUGACAGAUUGUUCAUCCUCACAGCCUCGGCUGACGGCUCCGCUGGACUGUGGACAAAGGACGGUGGACACGUGGGUUCUUUUGGGCAGGAAGUGAUGUGGAAUAUCAGUGACCCAGCUACUUACCAGAGGAAGACACAGAAGAAACUGACAGAAGCAACAGAAGACACAGAGGAGAGGACUGAGAGUGACGAAACGGUGCUCAGCGAGGUCAAAAGUCGAGAGCCUGACCCCACCAACAGGGGUCAAACUUCACAGCAGGAAUGCUGUUCUGAAGCUUCGUCCAGCAGCCCAGCAGAGAAUGACCACGAGCAACCUCAGCAACCCAUGGAGAUGCUUCCACUGAGGAUUUACCCACAAUCCCUGGGGUGUGGUAUCAGAGUUUGACUGGCAGCGAAAGGCUCAGCUCACAGCAACUGGAAGGAAAAGUGAGAUUCCUACCUGUCCAGUCAGAUAUAAACGAAGAUGCAGACAUGAAUGCUGUUUUUCUGCCUUCCUUUUUUUUUUUUUAUAAAGUCGUCUUGAAACUCUAAAUCGAAUAUGUCUUUUUUAAUAUGUCAUAUGAAUACUGUGCUGGCACAUAUCCCUCUUCAAAACAGCCUGCGAUACUGACUGCACCACAUAGCGUUUGGCUUUUUUGUCUUAUUCUUUUUCAUCUAUUCCAAACCCUGCUCGCUUCCUGAUGUUUGGUCCAACUCUUACUUGAAAGGAGUAGUUUUGACAUUUUGGGAAAGACCUGCACUCAUACGCUGAGAGUU